UCAUGAAAAAAAGAGAGCAGAAAAACCCAGAAAAUAAUAAUAAAAUCGAAGCUCCAAUUCUUCUCUCCAGCCAAACAAACAGUCGUGUGCAAAAAUGGGACUGCAAGAAACAGACCCUCUAGCCCAAUUGAGCUUGCCACCGGGAUUUCGGUUUCACCCGACUGAUGAAGAGCUUUUGGUGCAAUACUUGUGUAAGAAGGUUGCUGGUCACCAUUUCUCCUUGCAAAUCAUUGGCGAAAUUGAUUUGUACAAGUUUGAUCCGUGGUUCUUACCAGGUGAGGCAAUAUUUGGUGAAAAAGAAUGGUAUUUUUUCAGUCCGAGAGACCGCAAGUACCCCAAUGGAUCCCGACCCAACAGGGUUGCCGGGUCUGGGUAUUGGAAGGCCACCGGUACUGACAAAGUAAUCACGACAGAGGGACGUAAAGUUGGCAUCAAGAAAGCUUUGGUCUUUUACGUUGGCAAAGCCCCAAAAGGCACCAAAACUAAUUGGAUCAUGCAUGAAUAUCGCCUUCUUGAAUCCUCUCGCAAAAGUGGAAGUACAAAGUUGGAUGAAUGGGUAUUGUGUCGGAUUUACAAGAAGAAUUCAAGUGCUGCACAGAAAUCCAUGUCAAGCGUUUCAAGCAAAGAAUACAGUACUAAUGGUUCAUCUUCAUCAUCCUCUUCUCAUUUGGAAGAUGUCCUUGACUCAUUGACAGAGAUUGAUGACCGGCUCUUUGCUUUGCCUCGAACCAACUCGCUCAAACCAAUGCAACACGAAGAGAAAAUCAACUUAGCAAAUCUGGGUUCAGGGAGCUUUGACUGGGCGACACUUGCUGGGCUCAACUCGUUGCCUGAACUCCUACAAACUCAGCCUGGUGCGAAUUACUCGAAUACCGAUGUCAAAGGUGUGCAUGUCCCUUCAAUGCCCCCGCUCUGCCACGCGGAUUCAUCAACAGGGAGGAUGGGGACCUCGGUUGAAGAGGAGGUCCAAAGUGGGGUUAGAACUCAGCUGCGAGAUGGCAACUCGGGGGCUUUUCAACAAAACUCGGGCGUGAUGACACCGAACUUCUCUUCUACCUUACUCGACCCAUAUGAGCUAAGGUACUCGACCCAACCGGGAAGUGGGUAUGGGUUUAGGCAGUGAGAAAUGUUAGGCAGAAUUAGAAGUGCAUUUCUGUAAAUAUUGGAUUCUUUGGGGGUACCUCUUGGGUUCAGAUUCCAAAAGAGAGAAGAUGGAGGCCGCUUUAUUAACAAGGCAAGUGAAAAUAGCCUUGCUUUUUGGGUUGCUGGUUAGAGGAUUAGAUUCCAUGUACACAAGCAUUUGCUUAUCAGUAUAAUUUAGCUUGAACAACAUUGCUGUAUAAGGAAAACCAUAUCUGUUAUGGAAAUUAUAUAGGUCUCUGAAUUUUCGUAUUGCGAUAA